AUGACAGCUGCAACAACGGUACUUCGGAAAAGCAGGAAUCACACGACUCCCAACCCGAUCGCCAACUUCGUCAAAAUACCAGAAGAGAAAGUCGAUAUCUCCAUGUUCAACAAGCCCGGGAGCCAGCGACAUUGGCGUCGACGUCCCAAAGCGAGAAAGACAAAGAAUCUGAAGAGUAUAGUCACCCAGUACUCUGUCGCAUCGUUAGCAAAGUGUGCGUUGGGGCCCAGCUUGUCCAGCAGAGCAGACCAGGACAUCGACAUCAACGAUGAAGCCACACGUCUCAGGACACGACAAGACUCCAGUAUUGCUUCAAACACGGCCAAUCUGUUCUCACACCGUUACACGUCAGUCAUUGUCCCUGCACGUAUCAUCUGGGCUCCAUCACGUCAACAUCACGUCAAUAUCUCGUGCGCGCUCUCGAAUAGAGACGGAGAUUACACAGUCACCCUGAUGUGGCCUUGUCGAACGACUAUCAGACGGAUACAGUAUCUCGACAACGAUAAAGACGAAAUGAACAUACCAUCCAGCCCAGCAUCCACAAUCCGCGCCGACCUCUUCCAACACCUCACCACACCCUAUCACUCACCAACAAGUUCCCAUCACGUUCUCGCCCAGCCCAGACAUCUCGCACUGUUCUCCCACUAG